AGCUUUAUUUACUUGUUUAUACAUUUUAUUCUUUAUUAUCUUCCACAUUGUAGAUUUAAAGUUGGUAGGUUUUAUCAAGAAAUAAUUAUCGAGUAUUCGCUAAUAAUGGUUAUUUAUGACAAUUUCAUACUGUAGUUUAGUGGUGAGGUAGAGAAAAGUACUAGGGUAAAAGGAAUUCUUUCUGUAUUGUUUGCUAUAUAGCCACAUAUUAUUUACUGCAUGACAUAACAUGAUAAAUUAGCGAUGCUGGUAAUUAUUUGGUUAGCUGGAAAUUUCAAAGUCAAUAAUGCGGCAAAAAGUUAAGUCUCUAACUAUGAAGCUGUUUUCCUGUAAUUUGGCAAACAACUCACAAAGAUAUCUUAGUCACUCUUGCAUCUAGUUGCAUAGCUUACAUGAAAUAGGCAGUUUUAGGAUGUGUAGGACAGUUAAUUACUGUGAGGUUCAGGCUCCCAUUUCCCAUUCACAUGGGUAGUGUGGUAGUCUGCUAAUUGCUUGUCAGAAGAUUUUGUUAAAGGAGUCACAAGAUUAGAAUUUUGAUUUGUGAAAAUGCAUAUUCAUGAUUCGCAUGUAGAAAAACUCUCUUUGAAAGAUUUGGUGGUCAGGAGACUAAUUUUUAUGAUCAGGGUGCAGCCUAUCAAAAAGUAUGACGAUUUAAAUUCCAUUCAUGAUUAAUUAAUACAUAAAGAAAAACUACUCCUUGAAAUUUUUUAUUAUCGAAAUAAGUUGUGAUGGAAUUGAAGAAUUGUUUGGAUGCUUUAAAUGCUUUAAAUUUGGUUUUAAUGCCACUGACUACAAAAUCAAGUUUACAAUUUUAAUGAAGAAUCGAAUGGAUCCUUCUUAGUUUGUGAACAUGUUGUCGUCUAAUGUUUUUAGUUUGAAAUCAUCCUGUCAGCUUAGCUUAGGUGGUCAGCAAGAUGUUUUUUGGUAGAUAGUACAGGCUGAAGUUAUAGUGAUCAUCUUUUGCAUCAAAAGGGGGAUGGUGAAAAGAGGCCCUCAGUUUGACCAACAAAAGUCACUAUUAAUGCAUGAUUUGUCCCCAAAUACAUCACAAAUGCAUUAUAAGGCAUCUAGUCCGUUGCAAGUGAAGUAUGCAGAUGGCGAGUUGGAAAGGCUAGAACACAAGCUCUUUGUUGGUAUGCUUCCAAAAAAUGUUUCUGAAGCUGAGUUAUCUGAGUUAUUCUCUAAAUAUGGAACUAUAAAAGACUUACAAAUUCUAAGAGGUUCACAACAGACAAGCAAAGGGUGUGCUUUUUUGAAGUAUGAGACUAAAGAACAAGCCCUUGCUGCCCUGGCAGCUGUCAAUGGAAAGCACAAAAUGGAGGGUUCAAGUGUUCCUUUGGUUGUCAAAUGGGCAGAUACAGAAAAGGAAAGGCUGGCUCGGAGGGCUCAGAAAGCACAAUCUCAGGUGUCUAGCCUGCCAACUGUUGAUUCACAACAUCCUUCAUUAUUUGGAGCCUUGCCAAUGGGGUACGUUCCCCCUUAUAAUGCAUAUGGAUAUCAGACUCCUGGAACUUAUGGAAUUAUGCCAUACCGCUUGCCCCCUUUGCAGAAUCAACCUGCUUUUCAUAGUAUGCUUCCUCCAGUUAAUCAAGGAAACGCAUUGCAUGGUGGAAUCAGACCUGAGCUUGCCCCUGCUAUGGGUCCUAGAAAUUAUGCAAUGCCUCCAGCCAGUUAUGUUGGCUCUGCUUAUCCUGCAAUGCCAGGUGUUCAGUAUCCCAUGGCAUAUCCUGGAGGAAUGCCAAGUCACCAGCCUUUGAGUGGGUCACCUAGUACUGUACCAGCUGCAGUUACAAGCAGUAAUUCUGCAAUGUCUUCAAGUGUCAGUUCAAGUUCUGGUGGUCAAAUAGAAGGUCCGCCUGGUGCUAAUCUUUUCAUAUAUCACAUACCUCAAGAAUUUGGUGACCGGGAACUUGCCAAUGCUUUUCAGCCAUAUGGUAAAGUGUUAAGUGCUAAGGUAUUUGUAGAUAAAGCAACUGGUGUUAGCAAAUGUUUCGGAUUUGUUAGUUAUGACUCACCAGCAGCAGCACAAAUGGCUAUUAAUAUGAUGAAUGGAUGCCAAUUAGGCGGUAAGAAAUUAAAAGUUCAGGUUAAGAGGGACAAUAAACAGAGUAAACCUUAUUGAUCAGAAGGUGAGUCAUGGAAGCAAGCUGAAUUCUAUGUGAUUGUGGUCGCAUGCUAACCUGGAUAUAUGGGAGUGACCGCAAUAUCAGCACUUUGGGAUGGAUCAAUUAUCUGGGUUUGUGUAUAUUCCAUCCAUGUAAUUGCUUCGUGGGAUUGAAAUUCCCAAAACUUGUAAUUCACGGUGCAUUCUACGCCGGUAAAAUUUGUAAUUUGUGUACCAUGGAAAUUCUUUAGAGAUCAAUUAUUAAUUUUUUGAUUUUUCCCUCUUC